GCCUGUACUCUUUCCACUAUACCAGUAGUGCCUUCUUGGUGCUCUGGAGGACACUUCCGGGUUGGGGGUGGUGUGGAGGAGGGAAGAUUGCCGGAUAAAUCUGUCACCUGAACUUCAUUCUAGCUGUCUUGCAAUCCAUAGUCUCAUUUGGCGGAGGGUGAAAAGACAACCGCUGAUUACUAUCUUCUGUAGUAGAACCUAUUAAUGUUUGGAAGAGCUUGACGUUUUGAUUGCUGAUUGUGGGAACGAUCCUAUAUAAAAAGAAGAGAGUCAUUUGGCAGAAUAUACUGGAUGGUCAGAGGAGAGUCACAGGGAUAUCUAUGCUGGGAAAAAGUGAUUUUUGGUAAAAAGGAAUGAUGGAGCCAGUAUCACUUCGGUAGUUCCACUCCCAUAACCUUGACUAAUAGGGAACAGAGACACAUAGGAUGAAAAAGAGAAGCAAAGAAAGACAGAAAUCAAAUUUUUAUCCUGGCCCAGCCCUACUCCCUUCAGAAUGCAAGUUGGUAAAUUCUCCUGAGUAUCAUCUCCCACAGGGAAAAGUAGGGGAAUCUGGCAGGUGGCUUUUGAAUUUUGAUAUAGAAGUAAAAAGGUCGAUCAACUAUGUCUGGGUCUCUGACCUGCAAUGGACCUCAUCCAAAAGCCUGCUAUAAAAAAGUCUCAAAUGAUAAAGAUCUUUGGGAUCCCAGGUUCAGCUGGGACAGAGCCAAACCUUCUGAUCCUUUCCUGAGAAUCUCGGGGAGACAACCAAAAGGCCCCUCUGGGGACAAUAAAAUCUGGUUGAUACAGGAUCACCUUCAGAGAUACCCCAGGACAAAUGAAACGCUCUAUGUGACCCCUGAGGAGUUCUGCUUAUGGAUGGUCCUACAGGAAACACUGGAUUUGUCUCUCUGGAAGGUGCAAGUUGGCUGGCAACUAAUCGAGAACUCUGCAAUCAUUUCCUUCUUUGGUCCUCAGAAAGUGGCCUCUGAGGCCAAGACUGCCAUCAGUAAACUGAUGAUCUUUCUCAAUUCCACUGUGAGGAUGAACCUAUGGCCUGGCCUGAUUCAGGAGCGUAGAAGGAUGAGUGGUUUCUUCCAGCUAGGAGAUGACCUUAGUCUCUUUCUCUGGAAAGGAGAAGCUUGCACUUUUCGAGCCUCUGUUACCAUAAGCCUUAGCAGUAGUCCAAUGGAUAGACACAGCAUGGGCAUAACAGCCCCCAAGGUAAGGGUGCUGAGACAGCAUAUAGUGAAUGAACGAGGUAUUCCCCAAGUACUCCUACAAGUGACACUCUUAUCUUCCUGGUCUGGGCACAGCUCACGGAAGAGGCAGGCUUCUAAGGCUGAAAGCCAAGAGCUGAUAGCCAAUGCUGUUACUCUGGCACUGCAAGCAGCAUCCCAGGAGAAAAGUGCUUCAGUGGUGAUCCACCCCUCAGACCUGGCAGCUCUAGCGAAGGGAAUCACUCUGGGAGUCAAGGCAUUUAAGAGCAAGCAGCCUCCAGGCAGCAGCCUGAGGAACCUGACAAUUGCAGCAAAUGACAAUGACUUUGUAGCUGAGUGUGAGGCAGAAUGCUGCAGGUGGUGGCCCCGAGGAAAGGAUCACCACGUCCUCCUUCCCUAUGUCUUGAGCUCUUGGGAAGCUGUAAAAACGAAGGUGGUAGUUGGAAGCCUCAUUGACCAGAAGACAGAUGUGGUGGUUUUACCUUGGUUUCUGAAGCCCCACAAUAGGAAUGGGGUCUGGGAGACUUCUGCCCAGGUCCAGGCAGCACUGAAGAUCAUUCUUGAUGCCCAGGCUCUCUUCCAUGGAAAUAUCAUCACCCUUCCUGCUUCCAGCUUGCCUGGUCUGCAUUGCCAGAUCCUAUACAUCAUCUGCCUGGAUAUAAGAUUAAUUCAACAGCACCUAGAAGACAAGCAGGUCAUUCAGCAAGUGGUCUGGAGCUGCUUGAACAAUUUCCUUGGUUCUUUCCUGGAAUCCAUCUCCUUUCCCAUGUUAGACCUCAAGAAUCCUGGGAAUUCCAAUCCCUUGUGUAUUAUGUUGGAAGAAAUCAAUAACUUCUUAAAGGAAAAACCCAACACAUGGAUGAAACUAGUGCAGAUAGUUCAGCCCCCAAGAGCAGCUACUACUCAGAAGAUGACUGAAAAUUUCAAGACUCCUCCUGAGGCCAUCGUUGGUCUCUGUCAGAAAGAAGAUUGUGCUUUCAUCCGGUACCUCAAUGACUUCCCAGCUGUUUUUCAAGAGUUUGAAGGUCAUUUAAGGAAGAUAGGCUGUGUUCUCCAAACAUGUGUUUCUUCGGGAGUGCUUAAAUUUAUAGCAGAAGGAGGAAACAUAUAUCCAUCUAACUGGGAGAAAGCUGUAGAGUAUGCCUUUCAGAAAAAUAAAAAGAGAUAUGUUGUCUACUAUGAGUCCAACUCGGAUAUUUUAAAUGUUCUGAAGAAUCAGCAAUCACUAGUGAAGUCAUUUGCAAAUAUACAAGAAUAUGAAGGUCCUUGCUUUGUGGGGCCAACUGAGGAAGUAAAGAUGUUUAUACAAUGUGUUCAAGAAAUGGCUUUUAAUGAAAAACUAGUGUGUGUGGAACAUCCCAUUCUCCAUCUGCCUAGAUAUACAGUGGUCAAAAAAACAAUAAACAAGCUACUUCUUCCCCACUCUCCAGUGACCAUAGCCUUAGGAGAAGAUCCUUUAGGCAUGAUCACUUUUCAGGGGCCUCAACAGAAUGUGCUUGAGGUAGAGAGGCAAUUUUAUAGUCUUUUGAGUGGUUUUAAGGAUUGGCCAGUCCUGCUUUCUCCGUUCCAAGUACAAUUUAUCCAGAGCCAGGGUGAAGAAUUCUUUAAUGAAAACUUUUUCCUUGCUCAAGAUAUUUUAGCAGUACUGAGCACUUCUGACGGAGUUAGGAUUUUAGGGCUUGACUGUGGAGAAUUGGUACAGGCAGAAGAAUUACUAAAGAAUCUGGUUUGUGAAAGGAGGAUUGAUAUAGCAGAAGAGGUUCAGUGGGCAGCCAGUGGCUUAGAAUGGAAGGCUCUACUCAUAGCACCAAGAAGUAAAAAUAAAGUCACUUUUUAUAGUGUCAAAUCCCAGCAAAAUAUCUUGACUUCUGUGGUCAUAGUAGGAACUAAAGUUGAAGUAGCUGAGGCAGAGACCAAUAUUAGGGAAUAUUUGAUGACUUAUUCAGCAGCUGAGGACAGAGUUAUUUUCCCCCGACCAGAGCUAGCUGAAGCCAGAGAAAACCUGCUUCAGAUAAUGAACUGGGGAGACUUAAAAGUGAAUGUUUGGAUUGAGGCCAACCAUUCUACUUUAACCUUGAUAUUAAGAGGACCAAGAAGAUAUGUAAAAGAAGCCAGAGGAGUUGUUCAAACUGAUUUAGAUUCAUUGGUUUUGAGAACCAUCCCCAUAAGGCACAGAGAAGUACAACAAUACCUUUCGAGGAUUGGAGCUACAGUUCUUCUCACAUUUGCUAAAGAACUCCAGUGUUUGGUGAAGAUGCAAGUUCCAGAGGAAACCACAAAUGCUUUGCUCUCUGACGUCUCAGCCUAUAGAGAGGAGAGUGAAUUGGCAUCUGCCCAUGAACUCCUGAGGGUUCUCAGAAGAUACAGAAAAGAGCAUUUUACUCUUGGUGACACUUCAAUAGGACUAGUUCAGGUAUUGGGUAGGGAGGUGAAUUUAAACAAAUUUCAGGAAGUUUUUGAUGACUUUAUAAAUGGAUAUUAUAGUGAAACAUUCAAUAGUGAUAAAAUAGUCACUCUCAGUGAAGACUGCCUUCAAGAGGUCUUGGAUCGGGCGUACUAUUUCCCCCUCAAUCUGCAGCGACAUGGGAAACUCUUACAGAUCCAGGGCUUCCAGGAAGAUGUGAGGAAAGCUGCCACUGCUGUCCAAGCUCUCAUCCAGGAAGCUCAGGACACAGAUAGAGCAGAAGCCCUGAAAUCAGUGGUUCAGUGGCAGUAUGACUUUGGGAACACAGAACUUUCCCCAUUUGACAAAACCACAAACCUAAAGCUGGAAGAAGCCUAUAGGAAGGAAGAGGAGACUGCUGAAAUCAUGUUGGAUUCUAGAAGAGCCCAAGUUUCCUUGAAGAAGAGGAAAGGUUUGGUGCCAGACACCGGAAAAAUAUUUAAUAUAAAGCGUAACAUCUGCAUAUGGGAGAUGAGUAUCCCUCAACAUUGGGAACCAAUGGAUGAUAAUACAGUGAAGACUGUGACUCUCUCACCAAAUCUGAAGGAAUAUCAGGAAGUAGCCAGAAAAUUCAUGUGCUCAAUGGUCAAGAAUACCAUCAAUAAGAUAGAGAGAAUACAAAACCCAUACCUCUGGACCUCUUACAUUUACAAGCGGAACUGGAUGGAGAAAAAGAAUCCUCCAGGAGUACAGAAUGAAAAAGUCCUCUUUCAUGGAACACCACCACAGAACUGUUUAUCCAUCACUGAACAUGGGCUAAAGAGUACCUGUAGGAAAAAUGGAAUGUAUGGCCAAGGGAUCUACUUUGCAAAGGAGGCAUAUAUGUCCUCCCAGUAUUGUGGCCACCAAAGAUACAAGCUUAUGUUCCAGGUCCGUGUCCUUACUGGAGAGUACUCUAAAGGUGAUGUGUCAAUAACAUUUCCUCCGGAAAAGCCAGGAGGAGGGAGAUAUGAUAGUUUAGUUGAUUCAGUGGGCAUGCCAAAGAUAUUUGUAACUUUUUUUGAUGACCACUCAUACCCAGAGUAUUUAAUCACAUACAAAUGAUCCUGUAUGGUUUUGUCUAGACUCUGAGUAAGCCAGAGAAUCUCUAAAAUAGCUCUUCCCGCCGGUGGCUGCAAGGGAGUAUAGAACAGGACAGGAAAAACAGAAGUUCUAGCAUCCAAGAUUGUACAUCUGGCAAUUUCCAUCUGUUUUGCAUGUUGGAGUGUUGGUCCAAACCAUGUUGCAUUCUAGGACAAUAUAAACUAGAUGUAAUCACAAACUAAAACACCACCAAAUGUUAGGUUCAGGAAAAAAGAUAUUAAGUUGUUACAGUGGUAUUUUCUCAGGCUUCACUCCUCUCCUACUUUCCAUGAUAUUGAUCUCUUUGGUUCUUCUCUUACUAGUUAAAUCACUUCUUCUUAGUCUCUUUUGGUAGCUCAUCUGUCCCCUCAAUGGAGUUUUCACGAAAGCUAUCCUGGACUUUUUUCUCUUUUUUGCACUCUCAGGAAGCUCAUAAGUUACAAAGGGUCAAAUUUGUUAGCUCUAUACAAAAAACUCCCAUACCCACAUAGGUAGCCCUAAUGACUUUUUUUGGAACUCUAAUCUCAAAUCAGUUGCCUUCUGGAAUAUCCUUUAAACAUCUCAAAUUCCACAUUUCCCAAAGAAAAUUCACAUUCUUUCCCAGGAACUUCCCAAAUUCCAUAUUUUUAUUUUAUUGAGGAUACCAUCAUUCUUCCAGUCCCUCAGCUUUAAAACCUAGGAGUCAGGGGCAGCUGGGUAGCUCAGUGGAUUGAGAGCUAGGCCUAGAGAUGGGAGGUCCUAGGGGUCUUAAACACUUCCCAGCUAUGUGACCUGGGCAAGUCACUUGACCCCCAUUGCCUAGCCCUUACCAUUCUUCUGCCUUGGAGCCAAUACACAGUAUUGAUUCCAAGACAACAGAAGGUAAGGGUUUUUAUAAAAACAAACAAACAAAAAAUAACCUAGGAGUCAUCUUUGAUUCUUCCUUCAGGUCACCAACUCUAAUGGCCAUUUUGAAUUCUCAGGUUUUUGACACUCUUCAUCCCCCUUUUCUCUGGGAUACUCUCUUCUCCAGGGUUUUGUGACACUAUUGUUUCCUGCAACCUGUCUGACAGUUCCUCCUCAGUCUCCUUUGCUGGAUCUUUAUUGAAUUCAUAUAUACUAACAGUCUGUCCCCAUCUCUCUUCCUUUCUCCCUUACCAAUUUGGACAUGUCAAACUAAAUGUUCUAUAGACAUCUCAAACUCAGUAUGUAUAAACAAAAACAGAACAUAUCACUGUUUCCCCAAAAUCUUCCCUCUACCCAGCGUCUCUAGGGCAAUAAUCUUCUCUCAAUCCUACCUAGACUCACAACUUUGAUGUCAUCCUUAAUUUUUCACACAUUUGUCCCCCAUAUCUAAUCUGUUGCCAAGUCUUGUUAUUUCUACAUUUCUUGUAUAUUUCCCUUCUUUCCACUCACAUAGUGGCCUUCCUGGAGCAGGCCCUUGGCAUCUCAUACCUGGCCUACUUCAACAAUCUUCUGGUGGUUCUUCUUACCUUAAUUUUUUCCUACUCCAAUUCAUUUGCCACUAAUCUGCCAAAGUGAUUUUCCUAAAGCACAUCCUUCUAAUCACUAACCCCAAUUACUUCCUGUUAUCUCGAGGAUCAAAUGUAAAGUUCUCUUUCUGGCUUUUAAAGUCCUUCACAACCUGGCCCAUACUUUAUGCCAUGAACCCUGUGAUCAUUAAUAAUGGCCUUCUUGCCAUUCCCUGCACAGGACACACCUCCUGACUCUGUCCUUUUUCAGUGGUCAUCUCCCAGGCCUAGAAUGCUCUUCAUCCUCAUAUCUACUUCCUGACUUCCUGCAAGACUCAGCUCAAAAUCCCAUUUUCUUUAGGAAGACCUUUUUUCCAUCCAUGCCACUCCCUCCUUUCCUCCUUCCUCCAACUCAACACACAUUAGUGCAUUCCUUUUGGGUAACCUUUCAUUUACAUUUAUUAUAUUUUGUGUGUAUAUAUAAUUUUAUUACUAUUUUUUCAUGUAAUCUUCCCUCAUAGGAAUAUGAACUCCUUGAGAGUAAGGACUUUAUCUUUGUCUGUCUUUGUAUCCCCAGCAUUUAGCCCAGUGCCUGGCAUAUAGAGAGUGUGUAAUAAGGCUUAUCCACCAUAGCCAUUCAGAUGCAAAGUCUUGUUGAUCUGUCUACACAAUAUUUUUUUAUUCAUUCCCUUUUUUCCACUUAAAAAACCACCAUCCUAGUUCAGGCUAUCAUUUCAGUCUUCCCUAAUGACUGCAAUAGAUUUCUAAUUGAUCUUCUUGCUUCUAGUCUCUUCCCUCUCUGGUCCAUCAAAUACACAGCUGUCAAAAGUUAUAUUCCUAAAGCACAGGUAUAACUAUAUGAUCAGAAGUCUUCAGUGCUCUCUAUUAUUUUCAUUAUUUUUAUCAGGUGAUUCAUUUUACUCUCAAUAUUAAACAUUACCUAAUUUCCUUUCUUUACAAUCACUUGUAUUUAAUGAACACAUUUUGAUGCAUUCUUUUAAUAUUUCUAUCCAUUGCAUAAUUGUCUUUCUUCGUUGCAUCAUAUUAUUUGUUCAAACAUUUUUCAGUUGUUGGAUAUUGCUGUUGCUUUUCCAGUUACAGAUAAUUUUGUGAUAGAAAUCUUAGAACCAGUAAGCUGAAAAAAAUUUCAUAGAAUGAUCCCAAUAAUGGAAAUAUUGACUCAAAGGGCAUGAUUAUUUUUUAAUUUUUACCACAUCCUGCCCUCUGAACUUUAAGUUCCCCAAUCUAUUAGCAAUGGACAUGUGCCUGUUAAUAUAGAGCUUUACCAACAUUGCUGUUUUAAUUAAAAUUUUGAUGAUUUAUUUGUUAUACUUUGUUGUGGCUCAGCACUGCCUUAGUCUAAUAGGAAGAUUAGUUUGUGGGAUAUUAAUUAGCUAUCAAAGAAGUUUACUUAGCUAACUGUGUUAGAAACUAUAUUCUUGGUAGUUUUAUAACUGAUUCAUGUUGUUGUAAUGUAAUGCCAAUUUUAUUUAGUUAUCUAUCUUCAUUGUCAUUUGUUGUUGUUUAAUCAUUUCAUUAUGCCUGACUCUUAUGAGUUAUACCUGUUAUGCCUGACCUCAUUUGAAGUUUUCCUGGCAAAGAUACUGGAGUAGUUUGCCAUUUCUUUUUUCCAGCUCAUUUACAAAUGAGCAAACUUGGCCACACAGGGUUAAGUGACUUGCUCUGGAUCACACAACUAGUAAAUGUCUUGAGGCCAUAUUUGAACUCAGGAAGAUAAGUCUUUCUGACUCCAGGCCAGAGGCUCUAUCCAUUGUGCCACCUAGCUGCUCCUUCCUUGUUGUACAACCUGUAUAAAUUUUGUCUCCUAAUGUUUUUGUAUAGUUUUAAAAUGAUUUAAUCUUGUGUGAUCAGUAUUAUGUACUCAAGAAUAAUGUAUAUGCGUGGUUCCAUGUUCUUUUCCAUCCUUUCUCUAUACACAUUUUUCUGUAUCGAUGCAUACAUUCCCCAAAUCAUAAUUAUAAUUUGGCACAGGCAAAGCACACUAUUAUUUUUGUUAUAAAUUUGUCACUUGGGGUAAUUUGGAACUCCUCUUCUGCAACUUGUAAGGCAUUUCUUUAGUUAUUGAUUCUUGCUUUUAAAUUCUGCCAGGUUUAAAAAAAUAAUUUAAAAAAAUUUUAAUUGAUACAAUCCUGUUUCUAAGGUAUGAUUUGGUAUUGCAGUCCUAUUUCUAAAAUGCUUUUGUGUGGUUUUGUUCAAUAAUAGUACUUUUCUUUGUAUUUUUUGAAAACAGUUGUUACUUUAAUUAAAAAAUUUAAAUAUGUAA